CGGAGUAAUAUUAUGUAGUAUUAUGUUCACGUUAAAAGGUAAAAAAAAAGAUACGACAGUGAAACGUUCUAGUUAAUAAAUCGACCCUGCCUGUUUAAAUACAUUUAAACGCUCGACGGCCUUGAUCGUAAAUGUUUAGGGUAUGAAGCGUAUAGCAGUAAUUGGAGCCGGGUGCAGUGGUCUCACGGCAAUUAAAUGCUGUCUGGACGAGGGACUUGAACCUGUUUGUUUUGAGAGGGGUAACUAUAUAAGUGGAUUAUGGCAUUACACAGAAGAUGUGGAGGAAGGUCAGGCAUGUGUGAUGAAAUCUACUGUGAUUAAUACAUCAAAGGAGAUGAUGUGUUACAGUGAUUUUCCUAUCCCGGCAGAGUUUCCGAUCUACAUGCACAAUAAGUAUGUCGAUAGAUAUUUCCAUAUGUACGCGGACAAGUUCGGACUGAGAAAGUACAUAAACUUAAACACCGAGGUUGUAACGAUUAAACCGACCAGUAAAUUUGAUACUGAUGGCACAUGGGAAGUUGUAACCAGGCAAAAUGAAACCAGACAUGUUGAGACACAUACAUUUGACGGAGUGCUUGUAUGCACUGGUCAUCAUGCUAACAAAAACGUACCAGAUUUCCCUGGGUUAGAUAAAUUCAAAGGCACCGUAACGCACACGCAUGAUUACAAAGAUUAUCAUGGUUACGAAGACAAGAGAGUUUUGAUCAUUGGUAUUGGAAACUCUGGUGGUGAUGUAGCCACAGAGCUUAGUCGUAUAUCUUCUCAGGUAUAUUUGAGUACACGAUCUGGUGCCUGGCUUUUCAGUCGAGUAGAGCAUAAAGGGGAUCCAGGAGAUAUGACUCGUAAUAGGCGAUAUAGAAUUGAAGUGUUAAGAAAGUUUCCAUCCCUUGCAUUAUCCAUUACUAUGAAUCGACUGAACAGUAAAAUAGAUCAUAAGAAGUACGGUCUACAGCCAAAAUUCGGUCCUAUGUCCGCGCACCCAACAGUGAACGAUGAACUCCCAAACAGAAUUAUAGCGGGAGGCGUGAUCAUCAAAGAUAAUGUAAAAGAGUUUGCAGAGACUGGCGCAGUAUUUGUUGAUGGCACAAAAGUCGAUAACAUCGAUGCAGUGGUAUUGGCGACAGGGUAUAUAUUCGGUUUUCCAUUCAUUGAUGAAAAGGCGUUGACAGUAGAAGAUAACAAAGUAAAUCUGUAUAAGUUCAUGUUUCCACCUUCUGUCGGAAAGCAAACACUUGCAAUAAUUGGGUGUUUCCAACCGCUAGGUGCGAUAAUGCCUAUAUGUGAAUUGCAGUGCCGACUCGCUUCACGCGUUUUCAAGGGCUUGGUUAAGUUACCAGAUAAGGCUAAAAUGUGGAUAGACAUAAGGGAUAAACGCAGGGCAAUGGAAAGAAGGUACAAGGACUCAAAGCGGCAUACCAUACAAGUCGAUUAUAUACCGUAUUCAGACGAGCUUGCGACUAUGAUAGGCUGUAAACCAAAUUUAAAGCAAAUGUUUUUGAAAGACCCAAAACUUGCUAUCAAGUGUUUUUUCGGACCAUGCACUCCAUAUCAAUUUCGUCUAACUGGACCAGGUGCAUGGCAAGGUGCUAGAGAAGCAAUAUUAACACAGUGGGACAGGACAUAUAAACCCUUGAAAACGAGGCAGUGUGGUGGACAGGAACCUAACAACAGUGUUGGUGUUUAUCCUAUAGCGAUAAUCAUCAUUGUGGCUAUACUGCUCUACUUUCUUUUAUGAACACUAAUCAAUACAUCAGCUUAUUCUGACAAAUUGGAAGAUAACACUGAAACCAAUCGUAACUGAUCGGUCCUUCUCGUCAAAUUUCAGAUUCUGUGUACGAAAAGCAGUAAUUGUAGUUCAUUGCUUAUUUCCAACUAAAGUUUCCAUCAGAAUAUUUCUAUUAUAACGUGCAAUAUAAGGGCGUUGGCCUAGUAUUUGCUUUUUUAUUUAAUGCAUGUUUCCGGUAAAAUAGGUGCUGCAUUUCAACCUAUGUACAUUUAUAGUUCAUGUAUAUACAUCAGCAGUUUUGAUAAACGCACUAGCCCAGGGGAACACAGAUUUUUAAGACGUACAAGCUUAAUUUGUUUCGAGUAAAAAUUUUGUGGACGAUAAGGUUGUUACUCAUCGCAUUUUUUAUGUACAUGUAUAAAAUUGGAGAACAUUUCUUUU